AUGUCAUCCGACACCAAUCCCCUCGCAUCACUCCGCUUUGGGGUCGCCUCGGCGUCCCUGGGCAUGGCCAAAUGUCAUACAUUGGAGCUGAAGCUUGCUGCGCUCAAAAAAGCUGGUUACCGUUUCGCUGAGGUAGGAUUCGGAGACUACGUUGCCUGGGUUCGUAGCAGGCGUCCAGAAUUACCCAAGUCAACCUGCCCAGCUGACUGGAAAGAAGCCGACGAGCCUGAUCCCUCCGACACAACCUUGUGGAACGCUUUGUAUGCCGAAGCCCCCAAGCUGGUCGAAUAUGCGGCUAGCUGUGGUUUACAGCUACUGGCCCUGCAGCCUUUGAAUCAGUUCGACGGCUGGCCACGGGGCACCUCUAGGGCACAGUGGGUUCGUCGCAAGGCAGAGAAGUGGUUGCCGCUGUGUGCAUUACUCAAGGUCGAGCUCCUACAGGUCGGGGCAAACGAUUAUGCGGAAGCAAACGCAUCUGACCAGGACACUGCAGAUGAUCUCAGAUGGAUUGCCGAGCUCGGAGCAAGGCAACAGCCUCCUGUUAAGAUUGCCUACGAGCCUUGGUGCUUUUCAAAACGAGUUAAUACGUGGGAGAAGGCCUGGGAACUGGUGCAGCUCGGUAAUCACCCCAACUUAGGACUGUGCCUUGACGUCGCUCACUUCCCACUCGCACCUUCAUAUGGAUGGAAUCCUACUACGGGCGAAGGGUGGACGGAUGACCAGUACCGGGAGAUGCUCGACAGACUUGCAAAAGUUCCCGGAGACAAGAUAUUCUACCUCGAGAUCUCAGACGUGCUCAAGCCUGUCGUUCCGUUGGGUCGAGGGAGCCCGUUCGACUCUUGGCGUCAGAUAAACCGUCCACCCAGAGGUGACAUUUUCUGCUGGACUAUUUGCGGGCGACCACUCCCCUUUGUGGGCAAGGACGCAGGUAGAGGUGUCCGGUCUCAGGACGAUAUGGGUGGUGGUAGGGUCCUUCAGUCCGUUCGGGCAGUCCUCAGAACGGGUUUCAAAGGACCGGUUAUGUGGGAGUUCUUUGAAGCGGUCAAUAUGGAGAAAAAUGACCCUUCCAUUCCCGAGGUGUAUGCACAAGCUUGCAGAAUCGCGGAACAAGGGCUGCGGCGGGGAGUUCUGCCUCAAGAGUAA